CCUCUUGCUUUUUCCUCCAAAGUAUGUUAUAUUAAGUUUCGUGAAGCAUCAAGUGUUGGUGUGGCCCAGCAUCUAACUAACACGGUUUUUAUUGACAGAGCUUUGAUAGUUGUGCCCUGCGCAGAAGGUAAAAUACCGGAUGAAGCUAAAGCCCUUUCUCUCUUGGCUCCUGCUCCUACUAUGACAAGCCUGAUGCCUGGUGCAGGGUUGCUUCCUAUACCUACUCCAACCCCUUUGACUACACUUGGUGUUUCUCUUGGCACUUUGGGGGCUAUACCUGCAGCAGCUUUGGACCCUAACAUUACGGCACUGGGAGAAAUACCGCAACCACCAAUUAUGGGGAAUGUGGAUCCAUCCAAAAUUGAUGAAAUCAGGAGAACAGUCUAUGUUGGAAACUUGAAUUCCCAGACUACAACAGCAGAUCAGUUGCUUGAAUUCUUUAAGCAAGUUGGAGAAGUCAAAUUUGUGCGAAUGGCAGGUGAUGAGACACAACCAACACGAUUUGCUUUUGUGGAAUUUGCAGACCAAAACUCUGUACCUCGUGCUCUUGCCUUUAAUGGAGUUAUGUUUGGAGACAGGCCACUGAAAAUAAAUCACUCCAAUAAUGCAAUAGUGAAGCCUCCUGAAAUGACACCACAAGCUGCUGCCAAGGAACUGGAAGAAGUAAUGAAGAGAGUAAGGGAAGCCCAGUCUUUCAUAUCUGCUGCUAUUGAGCCAGAGUCUGGAAAGAGCAGUGAAAGAAAAGGCGGUCGAUCUCGUUCCCAUUCUCGUUCAGAAUCCAGGUCUAGCUCAAAAUCCCGAUCUAGAAGGAAAAGAUCACACUCAAAACACAGAAGUAGAUCUGGCAACAGAUCACUCUCAAGACACAAGGACAGACACAGAUCGAGAAGUCCCCUGAAAAAGCGGUCUAGAUCUAGGGAAAGACGGAAAUCAAGAAGUCGCUCUCGUUCUCGGGACAAGAAAAGAGACAAAGAAAAGGUCAAGGAAAAAGAAAAGGCCAAAGAAAAGGAUAAGGAGAGAGACCGAGACAAGGAUAAGGAGAGAGACCGAGAUAAAGACAGGGAAAAGAUAGAUUUUUCUGAGAGAGAUAAAGAACGAAACAAAGAUCGAGAGAGAGUCAGAGACAAAGAAAGGGAUAGGGACAGGGAUAAGGAUAAAGACAAGGAAAAGGAGAAAGAUAAGGAGAAGGAAAAAGACAGGGAAGAGGUAGAUCAGAACAAAGAAAAAGAAGAUAUUGAGAAAGAAGGAGAGAAGGACAGAGAGAAGAUAAAGGACAAGGAGGGUGAGAAGGAAAAAGAUGGGGAUAAGGAGAAGGAGCGAGAAAAAGAGAGAGAUGAUAAAAAGAAGAAAGAGAAGAGAUCCAGAACACCCCCAAGAAGCUAUAGCUCUUCAAGAAGAUCUCGUAGCUCCAGCAGAGAAAGACGUAAAAGGAAGAGUAGAAGUCCAUCCAAGUCUCCUAAAACAUCCAAAACAGCAAAAAGAAAGUCUUCACGAACUCCUUCUCCAAGAAGAAACAAGAAAGAAAAAAAAAGAGAAAGAGAAACAAAUGACAGAAGAGAGAGAGAACGCUCCACCUCCAAGAAAAAAAAUAGUAAAGAAAAAGAGGGGAAGGAGAAGCCUGACAAAAGCACCGCUACUUUGAAGGACAAAGAUCACACUAAAGAGGAUCAGAAUUCCGAAACUGACAAGGAAGUAGACAGCAGAGAUACACAAAGGACAGAUGAAGUCAAACUGCAACAGAAUGGGAACUGUCAACCAAAUGAAGAAAACCUCUCAGUUAAAAUGGAAGAGGUUUAA